AUGGCUGCACAUAAUGAAACGAAGCCGGGUCGCUCUGGACAGCAUUCUGUGAGUAAUCUUGGGGAACCCGCCUCUUCACUCAUUGCCGCUCACCUAGCACCUCACCUCGCGCCAGGGAGGAAUGGGGAUCAUGGCAUUGAGCGCGAAACAUUUUCUCAAUUGCGCCGAGAAAUCUUUGAUCAAGAUGAAAACGGCCAGGUUAAUCUUGAUGACAACCUAAGUGAUAUCCAUACUUUGAUUUGCGUGGUCAUCAAAGCUGGUCUUGAGCCCUUGCUUAAAAGACGGAAGGCCAAUGUGCCAAAAGGGGAUGUUCUCGGGCAAGUUGUGGAUUGCCUCGAUAUCGUGCAAAUGGCCAUACAAAAGGCGCCGCACGUUUUACGCGAGCCGUGCGAUCCUGGCAUUCUGGACCUGAUUGUAUCUAUCGAAAAUACCGGCGCAUCUGGUGGUCGUGAGGUUGCAAUUACACCUCUCUACUUUCCGUCGUGGUCAAAUGUAUUCGCCAACUGCUUAGAGACACUCAAUAUCCCUCGGUCUGCAGUUACUCGACGACCACUUGGUAGUCUUUUCGUCGUCGCAAAGACAUGUUUCCAAGUUUUAGAAUCAUUUUGCAGCCCCAUUUCGACGCCAGCGUUCCAUUCACGUGCUUAUUUUUUUCGAGAAUGCAUCCUAUGGAAUCUUCAAUGCUAUCAAAGAUUAUGGAAGUCGAUUUUUAUAUGGUUUGAGUUGGCAGAAACCCAGCUGCAAGAGGAGCAUGCCGUGAACCUUCUCACAGACUUGAUUUUCCUCGCGAAACGAUGUUUCUCAUGCUCCCAACGGCUUGGUCUAGGUCUUGACGAGAGAGUUAUGCGUGCGCUAGUCCAAAACGGCGCGGAUAUGUUAUCAUCGACCAAAUUACAACGCAGCUUUGAUCUACAACAUGCUCUAAGCCAGCUGUUGAGUGAGGUUAUGCGAGCGUCGCAUAGCUGUCCCACAGCACACGAACUCAUUGCAGAGCAUUUCCUUGAAGAUUUGGAGGAACUCACGUCAGAUGCAGAUAAGUUUGCAGCGUUGCAUCAGUCCUUUCAGCACGUAACUGUUAGGGUAGUGCAGGGGGACUAUUAUGCUCCCGGACCGUCAUCUAAAUUUCAACGGCGCACCUCUUCUCAGUCAGUCCUUCGUGCCCGGGAAAGUACUGUGAUCAAUGAAUAUGUCCCACCCGAAAAUGGGCUGAAUCCUAGCACCCCCGACUCUGAGAGAGCUCGCAAACGCCCCCGCCUUAUGGACAUGGGAAAAGCCAACAGCGUACUUGACAUUCCACAGAUGGUUACAAAUGCUAUCUGUACCAUAGUAGGAUCUUUACCCGUAAAUAGACUCGAAGAUAUGGAUCCUUCAAUCAUGGAUGCCUUUCCUGACCUAUCCGCUAAUGAGAAAUGUGAAACUCUGCUUCAUCUUGGUCACCUUGCUUGUGCCUUGUCUGGUAGUAUAACUAUUGAGGAGCGUAUGGAUGUACCUAGUUCUAUAUAUCGAUGCGCAAUUUGCGACAGUAGUGGUUGGAAAACCGCAAGUGCUAUAUGCAAACAAAGGCAGAGGUUUGACGAGUUACGCGCAACCCUGGCCAGUUUGAUACCCACGCUCCGCAGGUUUGCAGAAUGUCGGGUUGCGGGAAUGCUAGCUCUGCAAAACAUAUUGAUCCAUGACUCGAAAAGUGAAGGCUCGCAACUGGGAGGGGCGCCAUAUGGAGAAUUUUGCCUGCAAUCUCUCUGUAGUUCCGUGCGAGAGCUCAGAAUCGCUGCCGGGAAAACAAUGGCCAUCUUUUUAAGAGCGCCGCUCGAUGAAGACGUUCGCCGGAAUAAUUUUGUUAUAGCAUUGAAGUACCUCCAACAGCUCCAAGAGAAGAAUGAACUAUCUGUACAGGAAACGUGUAUUAUGGUGCUACGGCGCAUUGCAGAGGUAUCUGGUGAUGAGGAAAUGAAUAUUGUUCUCCUCCGUCUUCUGGAGUAUUUGGGCCAUACCAGCCCUUUUAUUAGUGGAGUCGCAUACACCGAGACAAGGCCGCAUAUGGCAGAUCUUUUAUGUGACUUAAUCGGAAUGAAAGUCGAUAACUUUUUGCGACUAACAGAAGUACACAUCUUGCCAUAUCUUGUUAUGACCCGCAAGAAAGAUAUCAUCGCCAGAAUUGCGCGGACCUACGAGGACAAAACCGUUUUUCAACUUUGUACUACUGGUGUCAACAUUGCGGCUAUCCUGUGUCUUUUAUUGACUCAGGAGUUUUCCGACUUAGAAACCAUGGUCCCAACUAUUCUCUCUGAAGUGGCCCCAGGGUUUAAAGAUCAAGAUCUCGCAGCCCUGGUCAGAAUGGAACCGAUCUUAAUUGCCUGUGAACUUCUAAAGGGAAUUGGCGAUUCCUCAGCAGGUGAAGAAUCCAAGCACUACAAAGCUUUAGAGCUUGUAGCGUCGGUUACACCCCUCCUACCCGGCCAGGAGAGUUCUUCUGGGAUAAUUAAUCCACUCACUGCCUUUCUGGAAGGGCAUGUCCUUGGAAUAAUUACCGAAUUCGCGAAUGUGAUUAACGAUUUUCAGAUACGACAGUCUAUAGUAGAGAAAAAACGCAGUGUAAUCGCGAUAGGCCAAAUGGUAAAAAUAGCUGGCGCCAGCAUCAGUAUAGCCUUACCACAGAUAUGUGCUUGCCUUCGUUCAGCUCUUGACAUGGAAGAGUUACGGGAGCACGCCUUUUCUUCUUGGUGCACCAUGGUCACCUUACUCGACGACAUAGAUGUUGAAGCUUUGAUUGACCAAAGUUUUGCGAUAAUCGUAAAAAACUGGACAAAAUUUCGGGCGCCGUCUCGGCAAAAAGCGAUUGAACUUGUUGAGCACAUAUUGGAAAAGUGCCAGGAGCUUGUUGCAAAUACAUUUACCACCAUGCCGUCUCUUGCGUCAAUACCAGAAAUGGCGAAUUUCUCUAAAAAGAUCUCGGAUUUAAAAGAAGGAAUGGACAUUCGGAGCCAGUUCGAAACUUUUUGUCUUCGAUGCCAGAACGAAAACCAAGUUGUUGUCGAGCAAGCACUUGAAGAGCUAGUUCCACAGCUGCGAAAACAUGAAGAAUUUAUUCACCGAGCUGCAAUCAACGAGCAGCCGAAUCAAAAUAUUGCCGGCCGGCUGACACGGUCAUUACUCGAUUGUUGUGCGAAAUUCAACCCGACGUCUGAAAAUAUCAUGUUAUUAUCCGCCAAAUGUCUCGGUAUUAUCGGAUGCCUCGACCCUAGCCGCAUUGAUCUGGUGAAAGAGAAAAAGGAUAUCCUCGUCCUCUCCAAUUUCCAAAGAGCGGAUGAGACGGUUGAUUUUGCACUAUUUUUCUUGCAUCAUGUCCUGGUCGAAGCUUUCCUUUCUGCAUCUAAUACUCGAUCACAGGGUUUUCUUGCCUAUGCCAUGCAAUCACUCCUAAAAUACUGCGGCUUGACUUCGGUGGUACCACCGCGUACUCAGGACCUUGAAUCGGGGGAGAUGUAUCGACGCUGGCUGUCGCUUCCAGAAUAUGUGAGAAACACUCUGACGCCUUUCCUUAGCUCGAAAUAUACGGUGAUCAUAGGAGCUAUCAGCACAUCCUGCAACUAUCCAUUAUUUUCGUCCAAUAUUAGCCACCCGGAGUGGCUUCGUACAUUUGUGCUAGAUCUGUUACAAAAAGGCAAUGAUACAAACACUAGGAUGAUUUUCAAUAUAAGCAGUCGGAUUAUUCGGAGUCAGGAUAUCUCUAUUGCAGCUUUCCUUCUCCCGUUUGCUGCACUUAAUGCCGCAAUCAGUGACGACGAUGAAAUUCGACAAUGCAUACGAAAAGAACUCGCCAAUGUCUUAGAAUAUACACUUCCGGAGCAUAAUCAUCAUAUGCAAGAGAAUAUCUUGUUGUGCAGUGAGAGUGUAUUCGGUGUGCUAGACUACUUGUCGCGCUGGGUACAAGGCAAAAAGCGAGAGCUUACAGGCUCCACUACAAGUCGUGAUCGCAGAGAAACAAUGGACGAACGCACGGUCCAGGUGAAACGGGUGGAAGCAUUGCUAUCUUCUAUCCCGGCCGAAGUUAUUUCUCGACGCGCUGUUGAGUGCAAAUCUUACGCCCGGGCGCUCUUUCACUGGGAGCAGUACAUUAGGCAGCAGAGGUCCAAAACGGUAACGGAUUCUUCCGAGUUGGAGUCUCUUUAUCAGAAGCUACAGGAUAUCUACACACAAAUUGAUGAACCAGAUGGCAUUGAAGGUAUUUCCUCCCAUCUCCACGUCCUUAAUAUCGAUCAACAGAUUCUCGAACACCGCAAAGCUGGGCGAUGGGUUGCCGCCCAAACCUGGUACGAGCUUCAACUAAAUAAGACACCGGAAGAUAUUGAUGUUCAGAUGAAUUUGUUAACAUGUUUGAAGGAGUCUGGGCAGCAUGACGUCCUUCUAAACCAAUUUGGUUCAUUGAAAACCACCGAAGCCACGCUGCCAAAGAUGCUGCCAUUUGCCGUGGAGGCCUCGUGGGUAACCAGCAAAUGGGACCGGUUGGAAACCUACCUUGCACAGCGCCCCAAACAUGGAGUUGGGGAUUUCACGAUUGGUGUUGGGUCUGCGUUGGCUGCAAUUCGCGCGAGAGAUCAAUCAUUUAAGAACAAAAUCAAUGAGUUGCGCCUAAAUGUUGCUAAAGGCCUGACAUCAAAUUCAGUUUCUUCGUUUCAAGCAAGCCAUGAUAGUAUCUCAAAACUACAUGUUCUUGCGGAGAUGGAACUCCUAACCAAUAUGGAGUCCGAGUCUUCCCCCUCUCGUGAAACGCUAUUUGAUACUCUCGAUCGAAGAUUGGCGAUUCUUGGGGGCUGCAUUUCGGAUAAGCAAUAUAUUCUUGGUCUCAGACGAGCAAUCAUGGAAUUACUGCCUCCAUUCAAUGAGCUGGAUGUCGCCUCCAUUUGGUUGAUCAUCUCCAGACUCGCACGGAAAGCUAACUCUACAGAGCAAGCGUUCAACGCUGUCCUUCAUGCCGCCCAAUUGAAGGACAAAUCCGCAACUAUUGAAUACGCCAGAUUGUUGUGGAAGGAGGGCCAUCAUAGGAAAGCAAUCAGAACUCUUGAAAGUGCUAUUGCGGCUAACGCAUUCGGAUCCUUCGAUAAAAGCCCCGGGGAAGAUUUGACUGAGACUUCCACUGCAGACGAUCAGCAUAAACAGAACAUGCUCACUGCGCGGUCUCAGGCACAUCUUCUCCUCGCUAGAUGGAUGGACAGCGCCGGUCAGACUCAAUCAGAAGUCAUAAUUCAAAAGUAUCGACAGGCUAUCAAGUUUCAUACAAGAUGGGAAAAGGCUCAUUACUACCUUGGAAAGCAUUAUGCAAAGAUAUUGGAUUCCGAAAAAGCCAAGCCUAUUGGAAAAGAAGCUCAAAUAUACCUGAGUGGCGAAGCGGCCAAGUUGGUAAUUGAUAACUACCUACGAUCCCUUGCCCAUGGGAAUAAGUAUGUGUUCCAAACUUUACCGAAGGCUCUAACAUUGUGGCUUGAGCAUGCAUCCGCAGUGAACCUGCCAUUUGAUCCUAAAAGGGGGGAUAACGAGGAAUUCCAAAAGCACAAUAUGACGCAGCGCAAAAGAAGCCUCGAUGACAUGAAUGCCCAGUUUCGCAAAUAUAUCAACAGAAUCCCGGCUGCACUGUUAUUUACCAUUCUGCCACAAGUUGUCACACGCAUAUGCCACUCGAAUAACACGGUCUACAACAUUUUAACACAAAUCGUGGUGAAGACGGUCCAUGCGUUUCCUCAGCAGGGGUUGUGGACUCUUCUCGCGGUCUUGAAAUCUUCCACGAAGGAUCGGGCGUCUAGGGGGUUGGCUUGCAUUCAUAAAAUAACCGAAACUGCAAAAAAGCAGAAAACAGAUAUCUCAGCAGCGGAUAUUCGGGUAAUCAUGAAUCAGGGGCAGAAAUUCUCGGACGAACUUUUGAAAUUAUGCGGUGCACCAGUCGAAGAUAGGGUAAUGAAAGUUAGUUUGGCUCGUCAUUUGGGUUUUAAUCAUCGAGUGGCUCCUUGUCGACUUGUUAUCCCUCUGGAAACGACCUUGACUCCUAUCUUACCUGCGAGUCACGAGACAAACUUCUUAAAGACAUUCCGAGCGUUUGCAAACGACCCAAUAACUAUCGAAACGGUGCUCGACGAAGGCCUUGUCCUUCUCUCAAUGCAAAGACCACGGAAAAUAAGCAUUCGAGGCUCUGAUGGCAAAGUAUAUAGCCUUCUCUGCAAACCGAAAGAUGAUCUCCGCAAAGAUCAACGCUUGAUGGAGUACAAUACUAUGAUUAAUCGAUUCUUGAAGAGGGACGUAGAAUCGAAUAAGCGCCGCUUAUAUAUCAAAACAUAUGCUGUUACGCCGCUGAACGAGCGGUGUGGCCUUAUUGAAUGGGUUGAUGGGCUGCGGCCUUUGAGAGAGAUCGUCACAAAGCUGCUGAAGGCGCGUGGCAUUAUGAUAAAUUACACUGAGAUCAAGCAUUAUUUGACGGAAACGUCCUCAAGCGAUUCAAAGCUUGCGGCAUUCUCGAAGCUCUUGACGAAGUAUCCUCCUGUUUUGCAUGAGUGGUUUGUUGAGAUGUUCCCCGAACCGUCAGCAUGGCUUACAGCCAGACUGAGAUAUACGAGAUCCUGCGCUGUAAUGUCUAUGGUUGGUUCUUCAUUAGGGCUUGGGGACAGACACGGAGAAAAUAUUCUCUUCGAAGAAGGAACAGGAGAAAUCCUUCAUGUUGACUUCAACUGUCUUUUCGACAAGGGUUUGACACUCGAGAUGCCCGAAUUGGUACCGUUUCGACUCACUCAUAAUAUGAUUGAUGCAUUCGGAGCGUAUGGAUAUAAUGGUCCGUUUCGAAAGACCUGCGAGCUUACCCAGGGUCUACUACGCCAAAAUGAAGACUCCCUAAUGACCAUUCUCGAAACAUUCCUCCAUGAUCCGACGACAGAUUUUAUCGAUAAGAAGAAACGAACCAACCCACGCGUUCCUGAUACCCCUGAGGCCGUUCUCGAGUUUGUCAGGAAUAGACUUCGCGGCCUGUUACCAGGCGAAUCUGUUCCUCUAUCCGUUGGCGGACAGGUAGACGAGUUAAUAAUACAAGCAACAAGCAUAAGGAAUUUGGCAGCGAUGUAUAUUGGAUGGUGUGCUUUCUUCUAAGCGGACUGCAUAUAUUCUUCACAAGAGUACAUGAUCUGUAGGAAUUUUAGUCGAAUAACGAACUAGCUACUAAUGGCUGUGUACAUGUGGGAGUGUUUGAAAUACUAUGAAGAUUAUCCCUUUUU